AUGAACUCCCUCAAGAUUGCUCGUGCCGCUCUGCGCGUGCGCCCUACAGCUAUCAAGGCACCUCUCGGACGCAGAGGAUACGCUGAGGCCGUCUCGGACAAGAUCAAGUUGAGCUUGGUUCUCCCCCAUCAGUCUAUCUACAGGUCGCAAGGUGUUGUCCAAGUCAACAUCCCCGCCGAAACCGGCGAGAUGGGUAUUCUCGCCAACCACGUUCCUUCAAUUGAGCAAUUGAAGCCUGGGCUGGUUGAGGUCAUUGAGGAGAGUGGUGGAAGCAAGCAAUUCUUCCUUUCCGGAGGAUUUGCAACUGUUCAGCCAAACUCGGAAUUGAGCAUCAACGCGGUUGAAGGAUUCCCAUUGGAGGAUUUCAGCAUUGAGAACGUUCGAUCCCAAAUCGCGGAAGCGCAGAAGAUUGCUGGUGGAAGCGGGAGUGAGCAAGACAUCGCUGAGGCAAAGAUUGAGAUUGAGGUUCUGGAGAGCUUGCAAGCUGCGCUCAAGUAA